AUGUUACUGAUAUGGAAAAAUGUAGGACAAAUUGGGGAAGAAGUGGGGAAAAUGGGUGUUGAUGGGAAUACUGAAAUUAUGGUUGCUCAUAAAGGAAAAGUGGAGAAUGAAGAAAAAUUGGUGAAGAUGAAGUCGAGAUCCAUGGAAGAGAGAAGUUUCUAUUUUAGUAGAGUCCUCCUGAAAAUUGGCUUGAAUCCUAUUAUGGUUACUGGUGAUAAUUGGAGAACUGCUCAGGCUUUUGCUAAGGAGGUUGGCAUUAUAGAUGUUAGGGUAGAAGUGAGAAAAGCUGAGGUUUCUUCUGCUGGUUCAGAAAACUUGGCAACGGUGGACAAGGAGCAACAACUAUUGGAGCUCGAGUUGGAUAUAAAAGUAAUGCUUUCACUGGAAGUUGUAAGCAUCACAUAUGACAAGCUUUUCAAUUGGUUGUGGGUGCAUUCCAACCAAAGUUCGAAGGGUACUUCGUGCUAUUGUGACACUGGACAAAUUUUGAUUGAGAGUACAUGCUCUGUUGAUCAUGUGGAGGAAGCUCUGAGCUCAUUGAUUCCUAUACUACUUAGUGUACAGUAUUUUCGAUUCAAUCCCGUGGAUGAACGUUGUGGUACGGAACUGGAUGAAACUGAUCCAGCGGUUUGGCUAAGGCUAGAGGAUGCUAUUGAUGAGUACGCAGUUCAGAAGUAG